AAAGCCAGGAUGGAUAGUCAAGUAUGGUAUUUGAGAAUUUCAAAGCUGGCUCUGGCCCUGGCAAUUAUCCGCUCAAAACCAGGGGACAAAAGCAGCAGAGAAUACACGGAGUACCUUGCGAAGGUGGUGUCCGGGCAGGAGUCGGAGUGGAGAGAAAAAGUUGAAACCUUAGAAGCUGAAAUUCUACAAUUACGUCAAAAACUUCUUCUGAGCAAGAUUUGUUCUGGAUCAUUUAAGAGUGGAGACUCAUCUUCCCAGUUACAGGCUCAGGAACCAGGAACUUCUGAAAAUACAUUAACUGUGCUGGAAGAUUCUGGGUGUGAUUUAUCAAAUGAGCAGAGGACUGAACCCACAGAGAUGUCACAGGAUUUUGUGGAGAGCUGCACCCCCACACCCUUUCCAUCAUUGCCCAUUGGGAAAAAACAUUGUGCGACUUUGGAAAAUCCUUUGUCUUCUCACAUGCAAUUCUUGCAUCGUCUGCUUGAGCUGAAGAGCUGGACAGAAUCAGGGAGUCUCAAAACAAACUUAAGCCACUUUGAAAACAACUCUUCGACGGUAUCUGAUUCUGUUUUUCAGUUGCUAGAUGGCCUGAUCACUUUUUAUCGUGAACCCAAAUUUCCUUUUUCAAGCUUUUGGACAGAAGCUGUUGAUACUUUAGCUAGACUGAUCAGUGAUUGUGACUUAUCUAAUCAUAUUCUUAAAAAGUGUUCCAAGAAGUUGAAAGAAUUGGAGGAAACCCUACUGCAGAUUAUUUUAAGGAAUAGCCGUAUAAAUCGGUUUCAGGUACAGCAUUAUGUCUCUCAGAGUCUGGUAACCCUGGGAAGUUGCAGCUUGUUAAGAAAAUCUAUAAUAUCUCUGCUUCUAUCAGAAGUAAAUAGCUUCAUUGAUGAUUUGGAUGCCAUCAGUCAGGUGCAAGCCAGUUAUGAUGUGACACGCUAUGAAAAUAUUUUCUCCCUCUUCUGGAUUCUGGAGCAGCUUCUUCAAAAGGAAAAUGAAGGCAACACUUCCGAUAUGGGGAAUGAUAACCAGGAAAUCCAGAAAUUUCUUCAGAAGCAUGAUGAAGCUAUUUUCCAGCUAUCUGAUACAUUUCCCUUACUUACUUUUUAUUUAUGGAGACUGGGCAUUCUCUUGAACUCCAUAGAAAUAAAAACUGUUGAAGAUAACUCACUUCCUUAGCAAUU